AUGCCGGGUAAACGGGAGGUGGGGAGCGGGGUCAAAGGUGCGGUCUUCAUCCCCCGUAUGGAUGAGCAUGAGGGCUCCACUGAUAGUAUAUAUGAAGCGACCCCCAACAAAACCACCCAAGGUGCCAUCCCCAAGUACCAGUGCAGUCCGGCUCUCCUCAGGUGUAAACCUGAAUGGGGCGGCUCUGACCCGUGCAUCAACUCUAGUAAUGAAAGCGAAGUGGAGACGACAGGAUCCCCCGGGAAAAGGAAGAAGUUCCACUGGCUGGGGCAAGUUUGCUCCAUCCGCCUAACACAGAUAGUUUCUGCAUCCUCAGAACACGUGGCAGAUGUUGCACCGAGGGACGACCGGCCCGUGAUAAACUGCAUUGGACUGGGUAAAAGGACGACCAAGAAAUCUACUAAAACUGCCUCGUCACCAUGGCAGGGCCACAGCAAAGGGGCAGAAAAGGACAAAGAAGAAGAAGAACUUUGGAGGCCGGAGGAUAAUAGUCAUCAGUGGAUCCCCGCAUAUCCCUCGCAGCCCUGGCCUCCCUCCUAUCACACCUGCCACCAGCUGAGACACGAGCCGUGGAUCUACGGCUUCGACUUCACCUUGCCCCGAACCACAGAAUGGGAUCAUUUUGAGAGCUUGCUGGAGGAACUGGACGCCAAGAAGUUAGAGCUGUCUCCUUCUCGAGUAGUCCGUUCCAUCACAGACCAGGGCAUCUCAGAAUCAGGAAGGUCAACCAGGCCAGGCAGAUUUGACGCCUUCAAGAACAAUUCACCUCUGAUGAAACAACAGUAUAAUGGAAACUCUCUGGACAAGCAGGCGGAAGACAGCAAUGCAACUAAACCAAUUGGCUUAGGGAAGAAGAUGAAGGUGAUAUCGCAGAACAUGUGCAAGAGGGCCACUAGGAAGCAUGUCAAGGCCCAGCCCGAGGAACUGAGCAAAGACCCAGAAGAGGAUCGAGUGGACGAGGGGGACUUCGUCGGUGAGCGGCCAUUUGCAAAAGGAUACAGACAUUCUGCUACCUCUCUGGAAAGCCUCUACAGUCUUAACAGUGCACAAAGCUCCUCAAGUGGGGUCACCAGCGGGUCAGACUGCUCCAGUAACAGAGCCAGUCUGAGGCUGGAGGGGGAUCUUCCAAACAUGAGACGGUUCUGCUGCAGAGCCAGGGUCCACACGGACUUCGUACCAAGCCCAUAUGACACCGAAUCCCUAAAACUCAAGGCGGGAGACAUGAUUAACAUCAUCUCCAAGCCCCCGAUGGGAAUAUGGACAGGCAUGCUUAACGGCAAAGUAGGAAACUUCAAAUUCAUCUAUGUAGAUGUUUUAGAAGAAAAGACAAAUGGGAACACACAAACCUAUGGAUGGAGCCACGAAUCUAGACCAAAAACUCUACAGGAACUCUUAAAGCGCUUCAGUUUGGAGGAGUACGUCUCCUCUCUCCAGCUGAACGGUUACCAGACAGUGGACGACCUGAUGGGGCUGAGGGAGCGACACCUAACCGAGCUGAAGGUGACCGACCCGGAGCACAGGCGUCGCCUGCUCGCCGCCGUCGAGUCCCUUCAGGAAGCACAACCUGAUUGUCAGUGGGGGAGCGGGCCAAACCCGGAGCCGGAGCUCAGCGAGGAGAGCUUCAAGGCGGAUACGAACAACUGCCCAAGAGACUCCGGCUGCCACAUGUUCUCAGACGGCUCUGAUAACAGCAAGGAGGACACAGAAAUUCACAUUCAGUCUGUCUCUCCUCCAUUGACUGAAAUAACAACUACUUGA